AUGGCCUACACGGAUGAUGCGGUGCUUUCCAAGCUGUCGGCGCUGAACGAGAGCCAUGAAAGCAUUGCCACCACAGCGCAAUGGAUUAUGUUUCAUCGACGACAUGCAUCCCAAACGGUCCACCUCUGGCUGACCAAGCUGAAGGACCUUCCAAGCUCCAAAAGGCUGAACAUGAUUUAUCUUGCCAAUGAAGUCACUCAGCAGUCUAAAGCUCGCCACAAGGAAGAUUUUCUGCAGGCCUUUUCCCCCUUCAUCGCGGAUGCCACCUCCGUUGCAUACAAGGGUGCUUCGGUUGAUGUCCAAGGAAAAUUGCGGAGGGUCGUGGAUGUGUGGAGGGAGCGGAACAUCUUCGGAAAAGAAGUCUUGGAAGAUUUAAAUAACAGACUGGCAGAAAUCGAUAAAUCACGUCCAACCGCCAAUGUGGCCGGGUUUGGGGGGCAUGCAUUUACCUCCACAGGGCCCUCUAUCCCCUCAGAGCUAGCUACUUUGGUGGCGCCUCAACAAGCCAUCUCCAAAGCCACUCAAUCCACCAAGAGCUCAUUGAACAGUGCCAACACUGACUACGAUAAACUGAUCGAUUCGACAACCACCGAUACCCCACUUCCUGUCCAAGCUGCGCGGCUUAGCGGGCUAUUGAAGACGUUGGCCAAUGCUGAAGGAGCGGUCACGCAAUGCAUCCGGGCAAGGAAGGAUCUUCUCAAAGAACUUGAGAAGAUCGUCACCACAACUCGCGAGGCACUUGAUGCCGACGAGAAGCAGAUGAUGACGCUGAGCGGACGGCGGACGGAAGUUGAGCAGAAGAGACAGGCCGUGGAGACAGCCAUCAUUGGCGGUCUAUCAACAACUGAAGAGAUCUCACCCCAGGGUCACAACUCUGCAAGUCCCGUCCCCGAACCCGACCGCCCGCAGGUCGAGGCUCUCACACCCCCUCACGUCCAGGAUCACGGUGACGACUUUUAUGGAUCCUCGUCUACCGGUCCUGUGGCACAGAAUGGCCAAGGAGUUCCAAUCCACAAUGCACCCACGACCGCCUCAGCCCCGGAUCUCGAGAUGCUCUCCAACCUGGCCUCGCACUACCAAGCUGUGCCAUUGAACGGGAACAAAAAGCGCAAGAUCGACUCAUCUGGGGAGAUCCCUGAUUUGGGAGCAGAUGACGGCAUCGACGCCGACGUCCAGGAAAUGCUAAGGAAGGAUAGUCAAGGGUAG